AUGGUGACUCCCACAAAUUCCAAUUUGUCAUCUUCGGCACCAACUUUUCGUCCACGCAAUUUAAAUGUUAAUAGUCAUUUGCCCUCUUCCACUGUGAUUGAUCCAUCCACAUCGGCAGUCACUGCUAUUCGACAGACCUUUCACGCCACGCAGAACAAAGCAGUUCUAUUGGGGACAGCCAUGGUCAAUAUUGUUCACCAUGGUGCUUGUUUUCCUGCUCGGGCGUUAAUAGAUCCGGCUUCUGAGUCGUCUUUCAUUUCUGAACGGCUUCAGAAGAAAUUGAAAUUGCCGGUUAAACCCACAAUUUCGACAAUUCGUGGAUUACCGAAUUUCAAACACGCCCGUAUGGUGGCCGAUUACAUUGGGAGUGAUCACACCGAAGUAGUUUUCACUGUUGAAGAAUGCCUUGACGGGGUGCGCGAUCUUAUCUACCACUUGGAGUCUUAUGACAUCGCCACUGUCCGCUGCAGCCUACCCAUGUUCUAUUUGGCACGUUAUGUCAAAAGUACGGGCAUGAAAAUGAUACUCUCCGGCGAAGGGGCAGAUGAAAUCUUUGGGGGAUAUUUAUAUUUUUUCAAGGCGCCAACAUACCACGAAUUCCACAAAGAGAUGGUAACACGGCUUGACCAGCUGCAUGUGUCGGAUAUUCUACGGGCCAAUAAAGUGACCAUGUCAAAAGGUUUGGAACUGAGAGUUCCUUUCCUCGAUACCAGCUUUGUCGAUUAUGUUAUGUCCACUAGACCCGAGGACAAAAUACCAGGGCCAUUAAAUUGUUAUUCCGACAUUCAAAGCCAUCGCAUGGAAAAGUACAUUUUACGCAAAGCCUUUGAGAGUGACUACUUGCCACCUGCGGUGCUGUGGAGGCAAAAAGAACAAUUUUCCGAUGGCGUGGGCUAUGACUUGAUUAAAGCAUUGCCCAAGUUUGCUGCUAAGCGUGUUACAGACUCAGAGUUUAGAAACGCCUCUCAGCGGUUUCCCAUUAAUCCCCCAAAGACGAAAGAGGCCUACUACUAUCGAUGUAUAUUUGACGAAAUGUUUCCAGGCGACUCGCCGGCGUUAUCUGUUGAAAAAUGGGCACCACGUCUGGAUUGGGGUUGUCCCGAGGAUCCAUCUGGAAGAGCCCAAGAAGCCCACGAGAAGAGGCUAAAGGAAUAUUGUUAA